CGCGCCACACACUUCCGCUUCCGCCUCUUUUGCCGGAAGUUGCUCUCAGAGCUAGCGUGCGGUCUUUGUCAGCUUCCACCAUGGCGUACCGCGGCCAGGGCCAAAAAGUGCAGAAGGUGAUGGUGCAGCCCAUCAACCUCAUCUUCAGAUACUUGCAAAAUAGAUCUCGGAUUCAGGUGUGGCUUUAUGAGCAAGUGAACAUGCGGAUAGAGGGCUGUAUCAUUGGUUUUGAUGAGUACAUGAACCUCGUAUUAGAUGAUGCAGAAGAGAUUCAUUCUAAAACAAAGUCAAGAAAACAACUGGGUCGGAUCAUGCUAAAAGGAGAUAAUAUUACCCUGCUCCAAAGUGUCUCCAACUAGAAAUGAUCAAUGAAGUGAGAAAUUCUUGAGAAGGCCAUGUAGUUUGUUUUUUUAGAGGUCCUUUGUUGGGAGUAUAGUUCUAAAACAUUUGUUCCUAUUGUUUUGAUUACCUUUAUGUUAUUACCAGAUGACAAUAAAUGCUGUGGGAUUGUUUUUAUUUAAA